AUGUCCCGAGAGACUGCCGGCCUGGGUCCACGUGCACCUAACGGAAAGUCGCCAGCCCAGAGCCUGCGCUACAGCCCCGCCCUCCCCAACUUUCGCUGGCGGCCCCGGGGCAGGAAGUGGGAGGGCGGGUUGGAGGCGUUCCUGUGUUUGAAGAAUAUUCGCACCUUCCUCAAAGUCUGCCACGAUAAAUUUGGACUAAGGAACAGCGAGCUGUUUGACCCCUUUGACCUCUUUGAUGUCCGAGACUUCGGGAAGGUCAUCUCUGCAGUGUCCCGACUGUCUCUGCACAGCAUCGCGCAGAACAAAGGGAUCAGGCCUUUUCCCUCAGAGGAGACAGCCGAGAAUGAUGACGAUGUCUACCGAAGCCUGGAAGAGCUGGCCGACGAACAUGACCUGGGUGAGGACAUUUACGACUGUGUCCCGUGUGAAGAUGAAGGGGAUGACAUCUACGAAGACAUCAUCAAGGUGGAGGUGCAGCAGCCCAUGAAAAUGGGCAUGACCGAGGAUGAUAAGAGAAGCUGCUGCUUGCUGGAGAUCCAGGAGACCGAGGCCAAGUACUACCGCACCUUGGAGGACAUCGAGAAGAACUACAUGGGCCCCCUGCGGCUAGUGCUGAGUCCGGCGGACAUGGCUGCCAUCUUCAUCAACCUGGAGGACCUCAUCAAGGUGCACCACAGCUUUCUGCGGGCCAUUGACGUGUCCAUGAUGGCUGGUGGCAGUACCCUGGCCAAGGUCUUUCUGGAGUUCAAGGAAAGGCUCCUGAUCUACGGAGAGUACUGCAGCCACAUGGAGCAUGCUCAGAGCACGCUGAACCAGCUCCUUGCCAGCCGGGAGGACUUCAGGCUGAAAGUGGAGGAGUGCACGCUCAAGGUUCAGGACGGCAAGUUCAAGCUGCAAGAUCUGCUGGUGGUACCCAUGCAACGGGUGCUCAAGUACCACCUGCUGCUCAAGGAACUCCUGAGCCAUUCUGCAGACCGGCCAGAAAGACAGCAGCUGAAAGAAGCGCUGGAAGCCAUGCAGGACUUGGCCAUGUACAUCAACGAAGUGAAACGGGACAAAGAGACCUUGAAGAAGAUCAGCGAGUUCCAGUGCUCCAUAGAAAACCUGCAAGUGAAGCUGGAGGAAUUUGGGAGGCCGAAGAUUGAUGGGGAGCUGAAAGUCCGGUCCAUAGUCAACCACACUAAGCAAGACAGGUACCUGUUCCUGUUUGACAAGGUGGUCAUUGUGUGUAAGAGGAAGGGCUACAGCUACGAGCUGAAGGAGGUCAUCGAGCUACUCUUCCACAAGAUGACUGAUGACCCCAUGCACAACAAGGACAUCAAGAAGUGGUCCUAUGGCUUCUACCUGAUUCACCUCCAAGGAAAGCAAGGCUUCCAGUUCUUCUGCAAGACGGAAGACAUGAAGCGGAAGUGGAUGGAGCAGUUCGAGAUGGCCAUGUCAAACAUCAAGCCAGACAAAGCCAACGCCAAUCACCAUAGCUUCCAGAUGUACACGUUUGACAAGACCACUAACUGCAAAGCCUGCAAGAUGUUCCUCAGGGGUACCUUCUACCAGGGUUACCUGUGCACCAGAUGUGGCGUUGGCGCACACAAAGAGUGCCUGGAGGUGAUGCCACCCUGCAAGAUCAGUUCUCCCGCAGACUCGGAUGCACCUGGAGCCGCCCCAGGUCCCAAGAUGGUUGCUGUGCAGAAUUACCAUGGUAACCCAGCCCCUCCGGGGAAGCCAGUGUUGACCUUCCAGACGGGGGACGUGAUAGAGCUGCUCCGGGGUGACCCCGAUUCUCCUUGGUGGGAGGGUCGACUGGUUCAAACCCGGAAGUCAGGGUAUUUUCCCAGCUCAUCCGUGAAGCCCUGUCCAGUGGAUGGAAGGCCACCUAUUGGCCGCCCGCCAUCCCGGGAGAUUGAUUACACUGCAUACCCCUGGUUUGCUGGCAACAUGGAACGGCAGCAGACGGACAACCUGCUCAAGUCUCAUCCCAGUGGGACCUACCUCAUCAGAGAGCGCCCAGCCGAGGCUGAGCGCUUCGCCAUCAGCAUCAAGUUCAAUGAUGAGGUGAAGCAUAUCAAGGUAGUGGAGAAGGACAACUGGAUCCACAUCACCGAAGCCAAGAAGUUUGAGAGCCUCCUGGAGCUGGUGGAAUAUUACCAGUGCCACUCACUCAAGGAAAGCUUCAAGCAGUUAGACACUACGCUCAAGUUCCCCUACAAGUCUCGCGAGCGCGCCACCACCAGGUCCUCAAGCCGGUCCUCAGUGUUCACGCCGCGGGUCAUUGGCACAGCUGUGGCCAGGUACAACUUUGCUGCACGGGACAUGCGGGAGCUGUCGCUGAGGGAAGGCGAUGUGGUAAAGAUCUACAGCCGAAUCGGCGGGGACCAGGGCUGGUGGAAAGGCGAGACAAAUGGACGGAUCGGCUGGUUUCCUUCGACAUAUGUGGAAGAGGAGGGCGUCCAGUGAGGGCAAGACCUGGCCAGGACUCACGGAUGUUCUUGGGAAUCUCCCCAGCUCUGAAGUCCACCUCUGGCUUCUCCAUGGCUCUGGGAACUGCCUGCUAAGCCUGCAGCUGUUAUGGCCCACAGGGAUGGGGAAGGUGUUCCACCGUCACCUGCCCUGGGUGGCCCGUCCCUGGGUACAAUCCUUGUACAUAGAGGAAACCUGUGCUGGCCACACCCAGAGCACCAAGGAGAGGGAGCUCAGGCGAUGUGGCCAGGUGGGUGUGGAUGACAGCCAAGGUCAGAAGACACCGCCUGCCCCUCUGGUUUAGGUGUUCAGGAGCCUAGAGCUCAGCUCAUGGAAUGCCAGGGAGAGCUGGGGACAGCAGAGGGGGCCCUUCCUAGCCUCGUCUGCUGGGCCCUGCACUGAUCUGCCUGUCUUUUCUGCUGCUCUCUAGAGUGGGUAUCAGGUCUCAGGAGGCAGGCAGGACCAGACCGUGCUGUAGCACACACUAGGCCCGUCUGGGGUGCAGGGUGAGACAGCUUGCACAGGGGCCACCGGGUCAUGCUGGCUCUGCAGCUUUCUCUGACUGCCUCCCUUCCCAACACGUCAGGGUCCUGCUGAGCGCUAACUGGGCAGGGCCCCUCUUUCAGGAGGGGCCUUUGGAACGAUGACAUUGCUGACCCACCCCCCUCCCAUCCCAAAUCAGUGGUACUGCUCUUUGCUCCGAAGCCUCUUUCCUGAGGGUCUUCCCUGCCCUGCUGCCAGGGGACACAUCAGUGAACCCCAAAGGGCAGAGGAGAGAACCAGGUUCCCCUCCCCACUGCCUCUUUUCUCUCCAGGAGGCACUCUUGCGUCUUCUGCAUUCCAAACCAUGGUCCCUAGGGGUCUGCUGGCCUUUGCACUAGCCCUCACCAGGUAUCCCCACAAAGACUCCUGCAGCCCACACACUGGGCUUGUGGCCAACCCAAAAUAAGUGCUCUUGGGGUAUCUCCACCCCUUUCCCCGCCUCUCUCCUGGUGCUUCCUAGCCAUUGACCUCUGACUUGGCCAGCCCCUGUUUCCUCCGUCUAUCUAGCUGCACAAUCCUGGGCGAGGAGAACCAAGGCUAGGGUUUGAGACAUUGUCCCUGCUGGAGUGGGGCCGGGACCUGCACCUGGGCUAUUUUCCAAAGUUGGCCUCAUGGCCUCCAGCUUGGUGCCCACACACAGCUUGCUGGAGGGAGGCACGUAGGAACUCAGAAGAUGGAGAAUAACAGAGAGUGAGACACCCUGGAAAGGCUCGAGCCGUGAGAAGCUGGUGUGGGAGCCAGAAGUUGGCUUGCAGAGAGUCGGGGGCACAGGCCACUUUACACAGCUCCUCGGCCCAGCCUGCCCGGUGCCAGCGCAGGCUGUGGGGAGGACUCUGCCAGCUCCUUCCAUAUGAACGCCCUCAGAACAUCCUUGUGCUUUAGUUUUUUUCUGGUUUUUGUUUGUUUGUUGUUGUUUUUGUCCCAUUAUGUUUUGUUUUGCCUGUUUGUGUUUUAAAGGGGAGGGGAAAGUUGUAAUUAUUUCAUCUAAAUCUCCCAUUAUAUAUCUGUGAAUAAGAGAUUCUAUAAUAGCAAAAUGAUGUAUAUUUUAGUUUGUCAUGAUAUAAGUCAUGAUAAUGAAGGACACUGAGAAAAAGAGUAAUCUCGAGCCCUGGUUUUGUGAGUGUUCUGUGUUUGUUUUGACGUUUGUGUUUGCUUUGGGUUUUUUUUUGUUUUUGUUUUGUUUUGUUUUGUUUUGUUUUUGCGCCACAGUGAGCAGGGUGAUGGGAAGGCUGGGCAAGCUGGUACGCAGGCGCCUCUGCAGGAGACUGGACACCAUUUGAGGGCUGAGGACUGGGGGCCUGAGAUCAGCUGUGAACAUUUGCAGUACAAUGCAUGCAAGUCAGGGAUGAGGGGGUCCCACAGCCAGCAGCACCCCCAAUGGAACAAUUGUACAUUUGCCAAUGGGUUUUCCUCCCCAGACUACGGUUUUUACUACAAAUAAACCUACGUUCUAUUCUGCA